AUCUUCUGCUAUACUAGAGAAAACUGGGAUGCCAGUAGCUCUCGUUGAGUCGAAGAUUUGGACAAAGCUAUGAUAAUAAUGAAAGGCAGGGGCUUGUUCAUAAAUUCAGCAUCCAUUAUCUUCUGCACUGCAAAGCCCCGUUCCCUGGUCACUUUACCUUACAAAAAAAUUUGGCAACAGCUGCUCAAUCACCUAUCCUGGGCUUUAGGGUCUUCCUGUGAAGUUAACACCACUUCAUCUUCCUUAUCAGGUACAGCUCCAAUUCGUAUCAAUCAGAAUCCACCUUGUUGGCUGAACAAAGACUACACAAGUACUAUCCAACUGCACUUCAUUUUCCCUGAUUUUUUCUUGCCUGAAACCCCCACAUUGAAAGACUAAUCACUACAAUGGCCCGGCAGACCUUGAUACUUACCCUCACAUUCCUCACACUGCUCUGCAUCAUAUUAUCAGUUGCCAUGGGCAUCGAUAACGACUCCACCGACUCUGGUCAGAUCCGCCUAUGUUGUGGAAACCCCAGUCCCAUGGUCGCUGAUGCUAUUAAUCGGGCAUGGUACAGUGACAUGAAUUCCAAGUUUGCGCCAUCAUUACUGGAAAGCUCUGUCGAUGCUUAUGCUUGGUACCCUGACCCUGGACUACCCUCUGCUGCUCCAUACAUAACUGCUCGCAUCUUCACUUCAAAUUACACCUAUUCCUUCCGUGUCAGUUCUGGCCGCAUGUUCUUGCGCCUCUACUUCUUUCCUAUCACGUAUGUCUCCCAAGAUUCCAGUGAGAACUUUACUCCUGAAUAUGCCUACUUUGGUGUCACAGCCUCCAAUCUGACCCUUUUAGAUAACUUCAAUGCCUCCCAAACUGCUCUGGCAACAAAUAGUGGAUUCUUUGUUCUUGAAUACUCUGUAAAUGUUAUUGCCGGCAGGCUAGACCUCACUUUCUCCCCAUCCACACACCAGACUGGCUCUUAUGCAUUCAUCAAUUAUAUUGAAAUCGUGCCCACGCCUGACCUCUUCACAACAACGACACCAACACUAGCAAAUGGUGGAAACCCAAAUCCAUUCCCUAUCGAUCCUGCAACAGGUUUCCAAACAAUGUAUCGGCUUAAUGUUGGGGGCCAGGCCAUCUCACCGCAAGGUGAUAUUGACUUUUACCGCCAAUGGGAUGAUGACAGUCCUUACAUAUAUGAUUCUGGUUUUGGGGUGUCCUUUGGGAAAGACAAAAACCUUUCCAUCACAUAUACACCCAGUGUACCAAAUUACACCGCACCUGUUGGUGUCUAUGAAUCUGCACGGUCAAUGGGGCCAAAUGCACAGGUCAACCUGAACUACAACCUUACAUGGAUUUUACCGGUUGAUGCGGGAUUCUAUUACCUGCUAAGGUUCCAUUUCUGCGAGAUCCAGUAUCCAAAAACUGAGGUCAAUCGGAGGUCAUUCUUCAUCUACAUCAACAACCAGACAGCACAGCAGCAAAUGGAUGUCAUCGCGUGGAGCGGAGGAAUUGGCAGAACAGCAUACAGUGACUAUGCUAUUUUAACAAAUGGUUCCGGUCGGAUGGACUUAUGGGUUGCCCUUCACCCUGAUCUUUCGUCCAGACUAACGUUUCCCGAUGCACUAUUGAAUGGUCUUGAAGUCUUCAAGCUACAGAAUGAUGAACAUAACAGUCUUGCUGGGCUCGAUCCUCCCCUUCCAUCUGCAAGGAACCCGAAUGGUGCUUUACCAACAGCCAUUGGUAAGCCUGGUGGAAGAAACUCAAAAGGUGUUGCACAAGCAGCGGCUGGUGGAGCUGCUGGUGGCUUUGCUAUUCUGUUGUUUGCCUGUUUUGGCAUGUGCAUCAUCUGCAGGUGCAAGAAGAAUGUAGCAAAGGAUUAUGGAAUGACUGGAGUCAAGGGGAACAUGGAACCUCGUCAUAGAAACGUCACACCUGUUCCGGGAACACAGGAACAAUUUCGCCCUUGGCAUGUCACAAACUUUCGCAAGUAUCAUGCCACAUUCCUUGAUACUGUUCCUCAACCCGAUCGACCUGGGGACAUGGUGACUAUGGGAAGGACUAACAACAAGCACUUGAAUCAAAUUGAGUGCAACAAUAUGCCAUCAAAUCUAUGCCGUCACUUCACCGUCAAGGAAAUCCAGGCAGCUACCAAUAACUUUGACGAAACCUGCCUCCUGGGCAAGGGUGGUUUUGGGAAUGUAUACCACGGAAAGUUAGAUGAUAGAGUUAAGGUAGCAAUUAAGCGUGGCAACCCACUAUCUCAGCAGGGUCCCCAUGAGUUCCGAACUGAAAUCGAGACUUUGUCCAUGCUCCGUCACCGCCAUCUUGUAUCUCUUAUUGGAUACUGCAACGAAAAUAAUGAGAUGAUCCUAGUUUAUGAUUACAUGGCGAAUGGUACCCUUCGGGAGCACCUGUACAACACCAAGAAGUCACCUCUGCAUUGGAAGCAACGCCUUGAGAUCUGUAUUGGUACAGCUCGAGGGCUCCAUUAUCUGCACACCGGUGCUAAGCAAACAAUCAUCCAUCGCGAUGUGAAGACUGCCAACAUUCUAUUGGAUGACAAGUUGGUGGCAAAGGUUUCAGACUUUGGGCUAUCAAAGGCCAGUCCAGACAUGGACGACACCCAUGUUAGUACUUUGGUGAAGGGCACCUUCGGAUAUCUUGAUCCUGAGUACUUUCGAAGAAAGCAACUUACCCAAAAAUCUGAUGUAUAUUCUUUUGGGGUCGUGUUAUUUGAGGUUCUGUGUGCACGCCCAGUGAUUAACACUCAGCUCCCGGAGGAGCAAGUGAGCUUGCGUGACUGGGCACUGUCUUGCCUGGAGAAAGAUGUCCUCAGCGAGAUUAUUGACCCUCAUCUCCAAGGGGAAAUAACUCCUGAGUGCUUCAUAAAAUUUGCAGAGAGUGCUGCUCAAUGUGUCGCUGAUCGUAGCAUUGACAGGCCAUCGAUGAGCGAUGUACUUUCGAACCUUGAGGUCGCUCGCCAGCUGCAGGAGAGCUCAAGGGAUAAAAGCAGCGGUGCUGAGGCGAUGGCGUCCCGUGCAAAGACAUGUGUGGAUUCUGCAAAUCCAGCAAAAGACUCAACAAUGAGUGUCGCAGGACAAGAAGUCGUCUUCUCAGAUAUCGCAUAUGCUGAAGGCCGAUAACCGUGAGCUUCAGGUCUAGUUUUUUUAAUUAAUACUCAGGUAUCACUUCUGGUUAGUCUGUAUGGUCCAUAACUGAUUUGGUGAUAUUGUAGAAAUUGCAGAGGACUGAAUGGCAUUAUCUAAUUAACUCAUCAAUGUAUUAGAAAUUUUUCUUAGCAUCUUUGCUUGAAGAAAUCUAAGACGCGUGAAUCAG